GGCCAACACCACGAUGUCUGAGACCACAAAACCCGCUGCUCCCGGCCAGGCUGCGGAGGAGAAGGAGAAGGCAGCCCCAGUGCCAACUCCAUCCCUUGACCCUGCUCCCGUCGCAAACAGCAAGGGCGAGGAGCCCUCCACAGAAGCCUUCAGGAUUGUCGUCUUCGAUCAGGAGAACUUCCAGGGCAGGCAGAUGGAGUUCACCACCGAGUGCCUGAACCUGGGGGACCGCGGCUUCGACCGGGUGCGCAGUGUCAUCGUCACCUCUGGACCCUGGGUGGCCUACGAACAGGCCAACAUGCGUGGGGAGAUGUUCAUCCUGGAGAAGGGCGAGUACCCUCGCUGGGACACCUGGUCUAGCAGCUACCGGAGCGACUGCUUCAUGUCCAUGCGUCCCAUCAAAAUGGAGGCUGAGGACCACAAAAUCUCCCUGUACGAGUCUGCUGACUUCAAGGGCAACAAGAUGGAAAUCCAGGAGGAUGACGUGCCCAGCCUCUGGGCUUACGGCUUCUGCGACCGUGUGGGCAGCGUGCAGGUGCCCAGUGGAACCUGGGUCGGGUACCAGUACCCUGGCUACAGAGGCUACCAGUACCUCUUUGAGACCGGAGACUUCCGACACUGGAACGAGUGGUCUGCCUUCCAGCCCCAGAUCCAGUCCAUCCGCCGCAUCCGGGACAUGCAGUGGGACCAGAAGGGCACCUUCGUCACCCCGGACGCACCCUCCGACUGAGCGUGUCACCUGCUAGCUGCGAGUCCUGCGCCCCGUGGGGCACCCCCGCCUCCCCUGCUCAGCACUUUCCUUGUACAUUGCACAUUCCCUGGAUGUACUCUACCUUGUGAGGCAAAUUAAAAAAAAAAAAAAACAGAAGAUUAGAGCUGCUCGGGAGUCGGUGGUGCACGAGCGUGGAGUGGCGGGUGGGGGACGGGGGGGGGACGGGACACGGACACUCUGCGCCCUGCUUUUCCAUCCUGCCCGAGCCUCUGGGAGCCGGGUGGGACGUGGCGGGGGGGGGAUUUUCCCAGGGGAAUCGAUCCCAGGCAGGACCCCCCCUCCCCCAAAACCGACCGGGGCUGUAAGGGGGUAGAAGGGAGCCCCACAGGCUCAGGCAUGGGAAGAGGGGGACAAGAGACUCCUCCAGCCUGGGGGGCUCAAAGCACCCUGGGACUGGGGGGGGGGGGGGGCUGAUGGCUCUGUGGGGGGCAGCCGAUGGAUACGCGCCAAGGGGUGAGCGGCACGCGGUGAGGUCCACCUGAGCAGGAAGUAAU